AUGUCAGUGACCAAACCUUAUGAACCAGUUGGGAACGAAGAUGAAUCCAUUCUUCAGACGUCAACAUUAAUUCUUCCUACAAUUUCAAUAGGAAACCUACCUCAAUUAACAGUAGAUCUACUAAUUAAUAAUUUUAAUUUUGUAAAAAUAGGUUAUUUAAAUGAUUUAUAUUUAUACCCAUUUGCAUCACCAAUAGAUUAUGUAUCUAACCCAAUUGAAGGUAUAAGUCAUGCUAUUGAAGUUUAUUACAGUAAAGAUUUAAAUUUAACAGUUGUUCAACAAAGAUCUCCAAUCAUUCCAUCAUAUACAACUCCUUUUAUCAAUGAAGUAAUUGUACCUUUUAUUCAAAAUUUUAAACAAGUUAUAGUAUUAAAUUCAGCAGAUUCUGGAUUAAUUGAGAGUGUAAAUAGUGGAGACAUUUUAAUUUAUGAUAAUGAAGAUUUAUCAACAAAUCUAGAGAAGCUAACAAUCACAAAUUCACCAGAAGAUGAAGAUAAAAAUUCAAUAUUUAUGAGUAAAUUAUUGAAAAGUUUAAAGAUUGGUAAAAAAGAUAACUUAAAAGUUUUAAUAAGUUAUAAUUAUGAAGGUGAUAAUUUUGAUGAUGCAAUAAAGAUGAUUAAUAAAUUAAUUGAAAUAUUGAAAAUACUGAAACCUGGGGAUUGGCAAAAACCGAUUAGUUGGAAGGGAGUUUAUGGAGAUAAAGAUGUUCCAAAUGCUAUGGAAGAAGGAAUAUUUGGUUAA